UGCCUCUCGUUUUCGUAUAAGGUAGUCGAUAGUGGUCAAACUAUAUUAUUUAGACGUUUGUGUAGGCCUAUUCCUUAACGUAUAGUACUUACAACUAAACAAAUAGCUGAGAACCAGGAGAAGUGACGAAAACUAUAUCCUCAGUAAGCGCGCGCCCUCCAACAAGUGUUCUUGCCCAUCUCUGGGAUUGCAUUCCGUGGCAAUCGAGUCAUCAUUAUCUAGUCUGUGACAUUCUCCAUCCAAAAACGGCACAUCAUGACCGACUUCUCGCAGACAGCGACCGUCACUCAGACGACUACGGUGACCCAGCCGUACAUCCGUUACGAUCCGGAAUACAUCAAAACCAUUCCGGCCAUCAUCAAGAUUGUCUGCAUCGUGCUGAAUUUGAUCGGGUUCAUAUGCAUCGAAGUGUCAUACUUUAGUCAUCACUCUCGGGGAUCGUUCUUCAACACGGUGGCAAUGGUGGGAUUCUGGUUCACCGGAAUCAUGCUGGUCUUCUACCUGUUCCAUGUGUGCGAAAAGUUUCACAAGAUACCGUGGCUAAAAAUAGAAAUGUACUUUUGUGCAGCUUGGGCCCUGAUGUACAUGCUGGCCUCGUCGCUGGCCGCGGCGACCAACGUUGAGGCGUUCCAGGCGGCAGCGUUUUUCGGAUACUGUGCCAUGAUCGCGUACGGGUACGACGCAUUCCUUAAGUACAAGGCCGUCAACAAUGGUGAAAUCGCUCAGGGAUCGCGAUCCGUUCAGCAGCAGCAGCAACAGCAAACCAUUUCCACAGUGACAUCCUACUGAAGUGUUUUUAGCUCAUAGACCACACAAUACAUACAUUUAAGUUUGAAAGUGCGCGUUUUUCAAUGAACUCGCUUUCCGUACUCACAGAAAAUGUCUGCUACUCCGUAGCUACGAUUUAGUUCAAAUUAAAAUGCGAAAACGCUCCUUAGAUUAUUGAAAAAUGCUAGAACCAUUUUGUACCUGUACAACUUCUAGUCGGGUGUGUAACUAAGCUCUUGGUCAAAAAAUGUAACUCAAUUAAGCUUCUAGUAGAAGCUUCAAAAGGAAGCUUCUAACUAAAGCUCCUGAAAGAAGCUCUUAAGGUGAUUCAUUGAAGCGUCCAACAAUGGCCUUAUGAUGGCUGAUAUUCCCUAUCACUUCAAGAUAUCUAGAGUACAAAUCAUAGACGCUGUUGUGGCAUCACUCAUGAAAUUGGAACUCCUUGUGUACCGCACUGCAGCAAACUUGAAGUUCCAGUUUCAUUGUCAUAAGCUUUGUGAGAGCUGAUAUUUGUGCCCUAGAAAUUUUUAUGUGGUAAUCAGAAAUAAGGUUUCCACAGCGAUUCACCUUAAAAGCUUCUGAGAUAAGCAUCUAAAACAAGCUUCUGGGAAAAGCUUUUAGAUGAAGCAUUACACUUUUUUCUAUCGCUACACUUCUCUAGCUUAAAAAAAAAGCACGGGAAGGGUAACUAUCUUGAGUAGCAACACAGAAACAGUAUAAAUUGAAAUCCUGACUACGCGCUUUGACAAAACACAAUAUUUAUUUUCAAUAAUUUAUGGUGCAUUUUCCCGUUUUUAUUGCGCUUUUUUCGGUUUUCGUCCGCUAUACCUUGACUAAAAAAUGUAAAAUAUCUGCUGAUAAAUUAUUUUAUAACUUUAUUUUUUGUUUAAACUAAUCUCAAAGAAAGCGAAUCUCUUUGCCGAUAGUUUUUUUUUCAGAUUUCUUCGAAGAGUGUAGUUAAUGUAUGUUAUUUCUUUUUUUAAGAUAAUUUGUACAGAAAAUGUCUUCGUUUAUGUUAGAAAUCGUUCGUAUUAGCGGUAAUAAUGCAAUCUGAUCUGCCUCAACAACAAUGGUAUUUCUCAACUUACUGAAACUUAUUGUAAACACAACCACCAUGUAAUGCGCCUUAGAUGUGGUCCAAAAUAUUGAAGAUAAUGUAUAAUCUGACAGACCAAUCACCAAAUAUUAUACAGAACUGUACUGCAUCCGUCGCAAUGUCCUUAGAUUUUUCACCGAAGUAUUGUAUUGUUUUAGUAGAGCUGGUACUAGCGUUUGCUGUAUGUAUAAAAAAAACAAAUCAAGCGAAUAAAUUAUUUACACUUAAAAUUCUGAUUUUAUUUACAUUA